UGCUGAUCAACUAUACCCAUCUUCCACCUUUUUCUCAGGCCCUACACUCUCAUACGCCACUCACGCACCUCGAACUGUACAGCCCAUGGGCUCUAUAUUCUUCUCUAUCUCUCUAAGUCGCUUAUCGCAAUCCAUUCGGUGUCCAUGACAUCGCCCGGAGAUGCUGCUCCGGUCAAACCUCCGCCGUCCUUCUCGCCCGGCGUCCCGCGCGUCGCAUCCAAGACCAGAUACCCAGACCAGCAUGAAUCCUCGACAUCAUUAGAUUCGGAGCUGGUGGAAUCGAGAAUCGGAUCCUCCCCUACCCCGCCUCUGUCGGCCACUACCACCACUCCCUCUGACCUUCCGAUCCGGUCCGCGUCGCCCUACGCUCGAUCGCUGAGAUCGUCCACACCACAAUUGGCGAGAUCAUCGUUGGGUUCGCCCUUGGAAGGACGGUUCGAUGGUUCUGACGACACUCGGUCGCUGAUAAUCCGCUCCUUUUCACCCGUCGUGGGGGUCUACGCUUCUGCCGACACGGAUGAAUUGGUUAGGCAGAAAGGAUUCCAGGGCGGCUUCUGGGAAUUGAUUCGGCCAUUUGGAGAAGAUAUCCCUGGAAAGAUUGUCAUCCGGGAUAGUGUGGGAGCGAGUCGGGGGUGGGAGGAUUACGGAGUUCGUUUUGUUGACUUGGGUGGACAAAACAACCGGGGGGCGGAGGUUGGAAAGACGGGGCAAGAAUCGCCUUUGGCACAGGUGGAGGAAGUGUUGGAAAGACAACUAGAUUCUGCAGGCGAUCCGCUGAGCGGGACACUGCAUCCAAAAGAUUUCUUGGGGUUUUCGGGAGCGUCUUCAUUAUACAAGCAAUUUCUACGUCAGCUUCUCUCUUCAUCGUCUGCGACGCCUCAUGAGACAUUUCGCCAUCCGGUGGCCAGUGUUAUCGCGAUAAGUUCGCGCAACACCGCCCCGCUCGAGACGCUGAGGCAGCUUUACGCAGACACGAGCAGUGGAGACAAGAGGCUACCAGAAUGGAUCAAUGCGGAGUAUUUGCGCUACUAUGUUCUGGUUCACGACGAAGACCAGGAUGACAUUACGGAGUCGACCAAGCUCUACGAUCAAAUGAAGCGGCAUUUCGGGUUACACUGCCACUUACUCAGGCUCCGAAGCACCCAAUGCGUUGUUACCGAUGACGAUAGUGUCCAAGUUCCCAAAUGUGAAUGGCUAUCGCCUUCAGAGCACCUCCUAGGAGUGGGCCAGACAGAACCGUUAGUCGAUUUGGAUACCGACGGUCUUCCCUAUCUAUUUGAUUCGGAUGUCAUGUCUAUCAAAACCUUUGUUCGAGAAUUAGUCGCACAGUCCGUCAUUCCAUAUAUGGAGAAUAGGGUAGCCGUCUGGAACGAUCAGGUAGCAUCUCGGAGGCGUGGUAUCAGUGGCCGUUUCAUGUCAAUGUCGCGACGGUGGGCCGGCUUUGGAUCUAGCUCUAGAUCCAGUAUCACCGGAGCUGGCUCAGGCGCCAGUGGAAAUUAUGAUUCCGUACGCGGCUUCUAUAAACCCGACGUUCCUGAAGCGGUUCUGCGAAAGAUGGCCGAUUUUGCCUUCAUGCUCCGUGACUGGAAGCUGUCCGCAUCUACAUAUGAGCUGCUGCGUUCGGAUUAUGGUAACGACAAAGCCUGGAGGUACCAUGCAGGCGUUCAUGAGAUGAAUGCCAUUAGCAUGCUGCUCAACCCUCUUUCCAUGUCUGCAAAGACCAAACUUGAAGGAAUCGACCAGAUGCUCGAGACUGCCUGUUAUUCAUAUCUCACGAGGUGUUCAGAUGCGCCAAAUGCUCUGCGAUGUCUUUGUUUAGCUGUGGAAUUGCUCAAGUCUCGUGGGGGCUCCGCUACUGAAAGCGCAGCUAGGUGGGCCAUGCGGGUCAUGGACCUUAAUUUAGUCGGCUCCGUGGGUCAGGUACUCUUCACUGAAAGAAUUUCAGCGUGCUAUGCAUCGAGGACUGUAUCCAGUGGUGGUAGAUGGGGAUCUCGUCGCAGGAAGGCCGGAAUGUGGAGCGUUUUCGCCGCUGACCUCUGGCUCAAGCUUGGCAAGCCAACGCUGGCUUCAACCUGUCUCGAAGAGGCGGAAAGACUCUACGCUGAAGUCCUCGAUAGCGAUGGCGUCUUUCCCAUGCCUGAUUUGCAAACCUUUGUGGACAAUCUCAGGAAUGCCGUGAAGGUCGGGUAUCUCGAAGCUAGAGGCGUGGGCACUGCAUAUGACACAGCUAUCUCGGACCCAUUGGUUACGGAAGAAACCAGCGAGAAACUAGACAAACGCAACCAUCGCAAAUCAUUGAUGGGACUGCCAGCGCCAGUAGAUGCUGGAGGUCUUAGUCCAGCGCAAGUGACGGAUAACGGAACGCCACCAAAUGAUGAUUUUGAACGAGCUUAGGUAAAACAAGGGGUACUACAGUAUAAUUGGGCGCAUGAUAGGACAUACUUCGUUUAUAGAACUUGGGUGUGGCAAUUAAUCUUCGAGACUUGUUGAUUUCUGCUUCAAAACUACCAGUAGUUUGUUAAAUCAUGGAACAUGUGAUAAUGCACAGAG